UCAGUCACGACGAAGCGGCCGCGGGCUCGAGAGGUCGCCUCGCUCGGAAACCGCCCACCAAUGUUCCGCAUACACUUGGAACAAAAAAAUAUACUCACUUAACAAUCAAAAAAUGCCUCAAAAUACUAUACGAAACCAAAAUAGUGAUUAGAACGCGAGAUAUCAACACAGAAUUUACAGUACGGGUAGUUUUAACACAUGUGGCUCGGCGAGAUAAGAUUCAACUUCGCUUGGCAUCAGCCAGGAUAGUUUUGUACAAGCUCAAAGCGCUAGGGGAAUGACACGGUUAUGUGUGGGCAUGUGACGCGGGCAACGUGAGCGCGAUGCGGCACGUGCGGGCCCCGCGGGCGGCGGGCGCGCUGGCCGCGCUCGCCCUCGCCCUGGUGGCGGCGGCCGAGAGUGAUAUCUCCACCACCACUACGCCUACCACCACCGUGUUUGAUCCAUCGACCCGAGGCAAGAUGAUGUACGGCGACCCCUGCUCCACCGUGCAGGAGUGCGGCUUCCCGGACUCGGUCUGCGACGACGUGUACAAGACCUGCCGCUGCCACCCGGACACGCCCGUCGCCAACCACGUCGACAAGUGCGGGAAACCUGCCGGCAUCAACGAGACCUGCAUGUUCAACGAGCAGUGCGAGGACGUGGUGUUCAAGACGGAGUGCCGGAAUGAACGCUGCGUGUGCAAGUACGAGAUGAUUGCUGAGGCGGCCGAGGACGGCACCAUCAUGUGUGUCCCGGAGAAGCAGAUCGAGGAGUCGACGAAGACGCUGGACCCGGCCAUGAUCGGCGUGUUGGUGGGCAUGGCGCUCAUGUUCAUCAUCAUCUGCGUCGUGCUGCAGCUCUUCAGCAGGGCCAGAUGGCGGGAGAACCGCUCCAUCUUCAACACUCCCAACCCUCGGCUCAUGAACGUGUCUCUGCUCCGGGACUCCAAACUACUCCAUGCUCAGGAUCGUCGUGGUUCCCGGGUGAGCAUGCGGCCCCCGUCGCGCCACGCCAGCCAGCAGGAGUUGCGCCCUCACUCGCCGGGGCCAGGGUCAAGACGUGGUUCCAGAGCCAGCAGUGGGCACUCAGCCACGUCUCUGAGGUCAGCGACCCUGCGCUCGCCCAUCUCGCCUGGGCCCACGUCAGUCACCGUAGAAAUACGAGCCCCUGACGUCUAACAACUACCUAAAUAGUAGAAAGUCACUGCUUUAGCCUCGAAUGUUUAGCAUUCUGUCCCGCUUCAUCGCUGCGAGCUAGUGCAAGGCUACAGCCAUGAGCGAACGCAAUUCUUUCUUCAAGCGUUAAGGUUUAAGAAGUAGAGUGAUGUGUUUUUUUGAUAUCUUGAACGUUAGAAGAUUAAUGGGCUGAAAUUAGUAAUUCUGAAAGGGUUUCGAAAGUGAGUAUUGUAAAUGCAGAUAGUAGUGAUAUUUAAGAUGUAAAAUAAUUAAAUUUAUCAAAAUAUGCAAUAUAAUAAAAGUAAAAUAAUAUAAAACUAUUGUGAACUAAUCAGUCCAGAAUUUACAGUAAUUGUGAUAAAAUUUACAUUAACAUAUUUCACUAUUCGCGAAAAUAAAGUAUAUGCAUCGCUCAUUAAAUCGUCACUUAAAAGUGCCUCUGACUCUCAAAAUAUAAACUGAUUUUCUGAACAUAAAACAAUAUUAAAUUCAGUGUAAUUAAAAUAGUUAACAUAUUUAAAAUACUUUUUAAAUUUACCACAUUUUGAAUAGUUUCACGUUUGAUAAGUAAGACACUUUUAUAUUAGAAGAAAGCAUAGAGCACAAGUCUACGAGAUAAAUAGUUAGAUAUAAUAAUAUAAUUAUAGUCACAAAAAUAUUACCCUAAACAGUUGGCUUUGUUAGCAUUAUAAUACAGCCUUUUGCCCAGUAAAUAAAUUUAUUACUAGAGGUAGUACCUAAAUGGAACGAAGCAAUUGAAUUUUAUUCUUAAUUUUAGUGUUUUAUGUAAGUGAUUGCUAGAAUAACUAUCCCUCUCAUCUUUUGGGCUGUAAUCUUACGACACAUGGGCUUAGCGUAGACGUUUAAUGAUUACGGGGACCACCUCAUCCACAAGAUGAGUGUUCGAUACUAAAAUGCUUAGACAUAGAAGUGAACGAAAUAAUAUAGUUAAUUUCUAUAUAAUUGCUUUUACUCGUAUUGACGUUUUAAACUAAGCUUCGUCUUAAUAGUGCGUGUUCAAUUUUAUUUAGGUUUUUUGAAUAUUCAAGAUUGGUAUAUAGAGAGAUAUCGUUGUGAGUUGUGAUAAAGUUUUAGUCUCUAUCUUUACUUUCUUUUUUAGGUAUACUUUCAAUGACUAAGGACACUUCUAAGACUGUGUAAAUCGGGGAAAUUUACACACGUAUGAUAGGUUGUAAGUGCACACAAUAAAUGCUUUGACCAAGUUUUGAUCUAGCAAAGCGCACAAACUAUAUAGCCUCUUGGUACCAAAUUAUAGGAAUCUUAAAGGAAAUAUAAAUGCAAAUGUAUAUUAAGAGGUAAAUGAUAAAUCGUUUUCUAACUGUAGUUGCAUCUUCAAUGUCGGUUAUACUUAAACUAAGGGGAAGAGUUCAAGUAUAAUGGAUACAGCAAAUCAUAUUUCAUGUUCGUUUGAAUUACGAUAAAAUAUUAUACAAAUUAUUGAAGCAAAAUAUCUAAAAAUUAUAAUUAUUAAUGCUCACAUUUCAAACUAUAUUUCGAACACAAAGCUAGUUAUGUACUGAGAUUAUGCUGUAAUUUAAUUAUAAACUUUUAUUAAACCUAUACUUCCAAAA